GUCUGAUGAUGACAAAGGAAAAGAUUAGAGAGAAUACACGGAGUUAUGGGCACCACACACAUUCUUGGUGGAAGAAAACGAAUUGGGAAAAGAAUACUCUAUUACAUGUAUGUUCCUUUCCAUCACUGCACCUUCCAUGAAGCUUCUUCGUUUCUUUCUCACCCACAAUUGUUAAUUUGUUGAACCGUACAAGAAAGGACAACAUGAAUAUCGUGUGCAUACCUCUACACCCUCUAUAUAUAGCGUUCAAAUGUGUAAGGUUGGUCAUCAUACAUGGCAUCACAUAUUUCGCGUACACAUUUAGGUAAUUUUUUGUUGCAGCUAGCAUGUCUCCUCUCAACUCCGACGACCUGCACCGGAUUUUCGAGAAGCUUGACCGAAAUGGCGAUGGUCUGGUGAGCUUGGAGGAGCUCAAUUGGUUGCUGGAGAAGAUCGGGAUCCAUGUCCACACGAACCUGGAUGACCUCCAAGCUCUGGUGGGCAAAACGAGCCUGGACCUCCAUGACUUCUUGUCCUUUUACGAAAUUGUGAUUAAGGAAAACAUUGGCGAAAGCACGUCCGAGAAUCAUGAGAAUGGUGGCUUGGAGGGUGAUCUUGCUAAGGCCUUUGGGGUGUUCGAUUUGAAUGGCGACGGCUUCAUUUCUUGCGACGAGCUCCAGAGUGUGCUAUCCAGAUUAGGGUUGUGGGACGAGCACAGCGGACAUGAUUGUAGGACUAUGAUCCAUGUCUACGAUACGAAUUCCGACGGAUUGCUCGAUUUUGAAGAGUUCAAGAGCAUGAUGUUGGUUACCAAUUCUUAGUUUGUUAAAGGGCAUUUCAUUGCACGAGGCUCCCGUCCUACGAGUCUGAGGAGAGUUUUCCAAUCUCGAAGUGUAACCUUCAUUAUACAAUGGUGUAACCUUAGGAUGUGUCUAGGGCUUCCCUCCUACCAUUAUUCUUCCUAUUGUAUUAUUGCUACAAUUGUUCUUAGUAUUGUAUUAUUGUUGUAAAUAUUAUUAUAUAUAGCAAUUUUCAUGAAAAGAUGCUUAUUUUUAUAGAACAAUUUGGUUUAUAA